AUCAUGGCCGAGGGACUACUUAAGCCAAACACUGGAUAAAAAAUCUGUGCCAAAACUUCAACACAACAUCUUCAAAGCACACAGGCCGAGCUUACUUUCGUCCCGAUUUUCCUUCAGGCCCUCUCUCUAUCCCAGCUCUUCGGCGCUCGGCACUGCUCUUCGACCGCGAAACUCCGCGUGGUAUCUUCUAUACCGAAGCAACACCAACCAACUUUCGCCUAGCGAUAUCUGCGCCACCUACUCAGUCUUCAGAAGCCUCUCCGAGUCAUCCUCUACCUACAGAACGGUCAAGGACAAUAAAGCUAGCUGCUAGCCAUGGCUACAUCCACUGCCGAAACAUCGGGCUUCAGCCUGACUGAGCCAAUCACUUCCGACCAGCUCACUAUCGGGGCUCUGAAUGCCACUAUGGCCAGACAGCUUUCCAAGGCGCAGAGAGAGGCCGCCGAACUAUUUAUGGUUGAACAGGUUUUUGAAUCGCUCGAGAUCGAUAUGCAGAAAUAUAUUCGAUCUGCAAGGGCGGCUUUGAACCUGAUCAGGACGACAAAGGUUUUGGAGGCAUACAGCUUCUCCACCUGGGAAGGUUAUUGGGAUCUGGAGGACAAGGUCAUGACCUUCCCACAGAAUCGAAAGGUUGACGGUGAUCAGAUCAACAUGCUCCCAGCACCAGACAUGAUUGCUAUUGCUGCGGCCAAGAGAAUUCGACGCCUCCGAUGCACCCUCAAAGACGAAGUGACCAACGAGCUCGAGGAAUUCAAUCUCUUUGAUUGGUUGCCACUGGCACUCGAGGUCUUCCAGAUCACGGACAAGCCUUUCCAGAUUGUCAAGACUGGCCACAACGACAGAAGUAUUUGCAAGGUUGAAGGGGACGAUUAUGUCUUCUUCUACCCGGACUCUUGUCCUGCGACACCAGCCAUGACUGCUACUCUCUUUGACGAUGGUCCCUGCGAGAUCCCGCGAACCCCAGAUCACACCUCGGAAGUAGGAUAUACUAUCAAUCGCCAGCAGGUGAUGGCUGCAGGAAGCGGGACCCUCCACAAGCUUGGGAAGCGCAAGUUCCACCAGGGUGCGUUGAAGGAAGAGAUAUUGGAUUGGCUCGAUGAGCACAAGGCUCGAGUGCUUUCAGAUGAGGCCAAAGACAUGGUCUACACAUGGGGCUGCCGCUUCAACGACACCGUGGCCAACUGGGUCGAACAGGCUACCAGUGACUUGAUGGAGUAUUCCUACACUAUAACAAAAUCGCCCUCUAACGCCGAGGUGGAACAACAGGUUACCGACCAGACGAUCACUUCUAUUACGCUGCGCGAGCACCUCAAGUUGAUCAACAAUAUCGAGGGAGAAAUGUCGUAUAUCUCUGCUAAGAUUGACAGCCUGUCAGAGAACUUGGCCGAAAAUAUGCACCACCCGUCCAAGAAACGCCAUCUUGAGCUGUCACCAACCAAGGCCGAGCAUGUCAAAGUCGAUAUUCAGCAACUCGUGGAUGAGCUCAUGUUCAUAAAGCCACCAGGAUGUCGGGUUCUACAAAAGUUUGAGGCCGUCAUUGGACACUUCGACCCGGAUUGCAUGAACGGAAUCGAAUACGACCAGGAGACAUGCCGCAAUCGGCACGUUGCCCGCAUCCUGUUGAAUGGAGACGAUUCGGUGCCAACAGACCCAAAGUAAUCAUCCUGAAGCUUCCGGCGACGAUCCCGAAUUCGUCCAUGGGUUUGGGAGUGUUUCUGUCCGAUUACGAACGCUGUCCAGUGUGAAGAUUUGAGUCAGUUAUGGAAAGAGUCCAAAGCCGACAACUAGAGCUCUUAGAUGGAGGACUAGUUGAAGAAUGUGCUAGCAAGGAUAUUAUGGGAGUCCACGCAUAUGUGAAUGCUGUGUGGAUAGGGUAAUGCGGGAAGACGUCUUCGGUUCAGAAAUUCGGUCAAUCACCCGAACCAGGAUGGUAAGAACUACUUAUGGGGUUUGGGAGGAACCGGAAUCGUUGUCGCUGAGGCAAUAUAAUUGGGAGAAUGGUAUUCGGGGAAGCACAUUGCCAGGUCCUAGCUAGCUAUCUCAUCUAUAUGUGCAACAACCUAGGAUUCAAAGGUCUAUCC